GAGAGCAAUUGCUCAUGAAGAUAGACUCAUCGUGGGACAUACACUUAAAAGAGUGCUAUUGCUGACUCAUUCAACAUAAUGGACAAACAGCCCCCUGGUUAUCACAUGGGUUUGGCCCCAGUAGGGGUUCCUCCUGGCCUAGAGUACCUCACACAGGUGGAUCAAAUCUUGGUGCAUCAGAAGAUUGAACUGCUAGAGGCUCUCACUUCUUUUGAGACCAACAAUCAAUAUGAAAUCAAGAACAGCCUGGGACAAAUGAUCUAUACCGCUAAGGAAGACAAUGACUGUUGCACCCGUAACUGCUGUGGCACUCUUCGCAGAUUUCAAAUGAAAAUCAAAGACCUUCAUGAUCAGGAAGUGAUCCACAUAGUGAGACCAUUUCGCUGUGCCUCAUGCUGCUUUCCUUGUUGUCUACAAGAGAUGGAGGUGCAGUCCCCUCCUGGUACAACUGUGGGCUACGUGGUUCAGGAGUGGCAUCCUUUUAUUCCCAAGUUUUCUAUCCAAGGAGCAUCCAAAGAGACCCUACUCAAGAUUGAAGGUCCAUUCUGUGCCUGCAAAUGUUGUCAAGAUGUUGUCUUUAAGGUGAUGGGGAAAGAUGGAGACAAUGUCAUUGGACAAAUCACUAAGCAGUGGAGUGGGAUGGUGAAAGAGAUGUUCACAGACACAGAUAACUUUGGCAUCCAAUUCCCUAUGGAUCUGGACGUAAAGAUAAAGGCUGUACUGUUGGGGGCUUGCUUCCUUAUUGAUUUCAUGUUCUUUGAGAACGUUGGUGACUCUGGUCAGCGCUGCACCGUAUUUGGUUGAGCAAGUGAAAAUGGCAAACAUAAAAGUAAUGACUAAACUUGAAUGUUCAUUAUUUUAACAGUCCACAAUAUACUAUAUAUAUAUAUAUGUGUGUAUAAUUGCACUGGCUGUG